UGUACAUUAGCCCGUAAUUAAUAUGUGCACAAUCAACACAUACUCACUAACAAAAAGAGUGUGUCUACACAUGGCUAAUCUCUACAAAAUUGCAAUCUGGGCCAUCAAACCCCUUGCGCGUUCCACCUUGUUCGCAGACUCCUGCACUUUCCUUUGCAUAUUAUGGAUCAUGUUCAAUUUAGUACUGUAUUUGUAUUUGUAUUUAACAUAGUAUGCUUUAUCGUUUAUACUAUAUAUAUAUGAAAGAAUCAGUAGAACAUUCCUUAACUAUAAUAAAUUUUGUUCUAGGUCUUUGUUACUAUUAAUCUUAUAUACUAUUAGACGAUUAUGGUAUUAAUACAGACCCCUCUUCUCCCCCCCACCUCCUUGCACUAUUUUCUGUUUAUAGCUCCUUAUCCUUAUCGGAUAACUCAUAAUAUGUCUCAGAGACGUUAUGUUCUGCAUAUACUUCAUUGAGUCAUAGAUUGCGACAUCUGUGAACCGACAUUACCCUUUCCACCAUUCACGACAUUUGACAGAUCAUAAGUAAUUUAAAGUUAAUUAUUACUAUCUACAGAUAACCUAAAUUAGUAACAUAGAAAUAUAUG